CCCUGGCGGGGGGCGUGGGAGUGCGCCGCGCGCCUGGAGGAGGAUCGAAGGUCUUGGCUGCGCCGAGCGGUCCUCGGAGCUAGCGGCCACCGCCACCAACUUCCCACCGCGCGGCGACUUUCAGUUUCAUUUCCACGGACUUGUGCCUGGGCCGCAGCCGCCGCCGCCGCCGCGAUGCCCAGCAAGUUCAGCCGCCGGCAGCUCCGGGAGUCGGGCCAGCGCUUCCAGAGUUUCCUGCUCGCCCGGGGACUGGAAGCGGAGACCGACCGCGAGCGGCUGCGGACUAUUUAUAACCGGGACUUCAAGACCAGCUGUGGGACUCCCAGCCCUGGCUUCUCCUCCAUGCUGUAUGGAAUGAAGAUUGCAGAUCUGGCCUACGUCAGCAAAACUCAGGUCAGGUUCUUGAGCCUUGACCGCUGGGCCGACGCGCAGUUGCCAGAAAAGCGGGAAAUGAAGCUGGAGUCGGAUAUCAGCCAACACCACAAGUCCCUGCUAGCCACGAUCUUUUAUGACAGGGAUCAGUAUCUUCACGGGAAGCAUGGGGUGGAUGUGGAAGUUCAGGGGCCCCAUGAAACCCAGGAUGGGCAGCUCCUUAUCCGCCUGGAUUUGAACCACAAGGAGGUGCUGACCUUGAGGCUUCGGAAUGGAGGAACCAAGCCUGUUACCCUCACCCACCUCUUCCCACUGUGCUGGACACCCCAGUUUGCCUUCUACAAUGACCAGGAACUGCCUUGCCCCCUGGACCCCGGUGAAUGCUAUGAGCUCCGAGUCCACUGUAAGACCAGCUUUGUGGGCUACUUCCCGGCCACGGUACUCUGGGAGCUGCUGGGCCCCGUCGAGUUGGAUUCAGAGGGAGCUGGCACUUUCUACAUUGCCCGCUUCCUGGCCGCUGUGGCGCACAGCCCCCUGGCUACACAGCUGAAGCCUACAGCUCCCUUCAAGCGUGCUCAGAUCUCGAGGAACUCCCUGACAACCAAUCGGAUAGAGGAAGGGGAGAGACCUGACCGGGGUAAGGAGUACGACCUGGACCUAAGCCUGCCGCUGGGGACCUACCCCCCACCGCACCGCCUCCGGCUGCUGCUCCCCGACCUUCUGCAGAGAGCAGAUGCUGUCACUGCCCCCAAGGCAGUUGCUGAGAUCAAAGCCAAGCUGGAGACAAGCCUGAAGUGGAAGAACUAUGAGAUGAAGUUCCGGCUGCUGCUACACCUGGAGGAGCUGCAGAUGGAGCAUGAUAUCCGGCACUAUGACCUGGAGUCUGUGCCCAUGACCUGGGACCCGGUUGCCUGGAACCCCAGGCUGCUCACACUGCAGGUUCCUGGCGUGGCUGAGAGCCGUCCCUCAGUGCUACGGGGUGAUCACCUGUUCGCCCUUUUGUCCUCUGAAGCACACCGGAAGAACCCUGUCACCUACAAGGGCUUUGUGCACAAGGUGGAGUUGGACAGUGUCAAGUUGAGCUUCCCCACAAGCCUCCUGAACCGCUUUGUGGAUGGGCUGACCUUCAAGGUGAACUUCACCUUCAACCGCCAGCCUCUGCGAGCCCAGCACCGAGCCCUGGAGCUGACAGGGCGCUGGCCACUGGGGCCCCUGCUCUUUCCUGUGGCCUCUCGUGGGGUUGCUCUGCUGCCCUCUGAUGUGAAGCUCAAGCUGUUCGACCGGAGUCUGGAGUCGAACCCAGAGCAGCUGCAGGCCAUGAAGCACAUCGUUAUGGGCACCACCCGUCCAGCCCCCUACAUCAUCUUUGGGCCUCCGGGCACUGGCAAGACUGUCACCUUAGUGGAGGCCAUUAAGCAGGUGGUGAAGCACCUGCCCAAAGCCCACAUCCUGGCCUGUGCUCCAUCCAACUCGGGUGCUGACCUCCUCUGCCAGCGGAUCCGCAUCCACCUGCCCAACUCCAUCUACCGCCUCCUGGCCCCCAGCAGGGACAUCCGCAUGGUGCCUGAGGACAUUAAGCCCUGCUGUAACUGGGACUCCGAGAAGGGGGAGUAUAUAUUUCCUGCCAAGAAGCAGCUGCAGGAAUAUCGAGUCUUAAUUACCACCCUCAUCACUGCCAGCAGGUUGGUGUCGGCCGAGUUUCCCAUUGAUCACUUCACACACAUCUUCAUUGAUGAGGCUGGUCACUGCAUGGAGCCUGAGAGUCUGGUGGCCAUAUCAGGACUGAUGGAAGUCAAGGAGACCGGCAACCCGGGAGGACAGUUGGUGCUGGCAGGAGAUCCUCGGCAGCUGGGUCCUGUGCUGCGUUCUCCACUGACCCAGAAGCACGGGCUUGGAUACUCACUGCUGGAGCGGCUGCUCACCUACAACACCCUGUACAAGAAGGGCCCCGCUGGCUAUAACCCCCAGUUCAUAACCAAGCUGUUGCGCAACUACAGGUCACACCCUACCAUCCUGGACAUUCCUAACCAACUCUACUAUGAUGGCGAGCUGCAGGCAUGUGCAGACGUGGUGGACCGAGAAAGAUUCUGCCGCUGGGAAGGUCUGCCUCAAAAGGGGUUUCCCAUCAUCUUUCAUGGCGUAAUGGGCAAAGACGAGCGUGAGGGCAACAGCCCCUCCUUCUUCAACCCUGAAGAAGCAGCUACAGUGACUUCCUACCUGAAGCUGCUCCUGGCCCCUUCCUCCAAGAAGGGCAAAGCCCGCCUGAGCCCUCGAAGUGUGGGCGUCAUCUCCCCAUACCGGAAGCAGGUGGAAAAGAUCCGUUAUUGCAUCACUAAACUGGACAAGGAGCUCCGGGGACUGGAUGACAUCAAGGACUUGAAGGUGGGCUCUGUGGAAGAAUUCCAAGGCCAAGAACGCAGCAUCAUCCUCAUCUCCACCGUGCGGAGCAGCCAGAGCUUUGUGCAGCUGGAUCUGGACUUUAACCUGGGUUUCCUUAAGAACCCCAAGAGGUUCAACGUGGCUGUGACCCGGGCCAAAGCCUUGCUCAUUGUAGUGGGCAACCCCCUUCUGCUGGGCCAUGACCCUGACUGGAAAGUAUUCCUGGAGUUCUGUAAGGAAAAUGGGGGAUACACUGGGUGCCCUUUUCCUGCCAAACUGGACCAGCAGCAGGGACAGAAUUUACUCCAAAGUCUGAGCAAGCUCAGCUCUUCUACCUCAGGGGCUUGUGGUGGAGACUGCUUCCCCCAGGAGCAGGCCAGUGAAGGGUGCCUGUCUCUGCAAGUGGAGCCAGAAUGGAGGAAUGAGCUCUGAGGACACAGCCGCCCACCCUCUCACACCGUCCGAGCCUUAACCCUCUGCUACCUGACCCUGAACCACAACCCAGUUUAACUGGCCCUCCAAAGGACAGAAGGCUGGGGCAGAGUUUACAACCAAGCCAUUCAUUCCACCCUUUCUCCUGCUGUGGAGAAUCAAGCUGCUAACAGUUGGGGGAGGGGAGAAGAAAAACUGAAAAAAAAAAAAAAUCUUGUUCUAUACAAAAGCCUCCAGCUCAUCGCUUGGCCCCAGCUUCCUGCACACCCAAACUGACCUUGUAGGAGGGUAAGACCGUCACGCCCAGCCCAAGGCCACACCCCCUCAUGAAGUACAGAGGAGGAAACCCAGUGGGCUGGAGAGCCACCCACAGGUUUCUAAGUUUAGCCCCUGCUACAGACCACUCCCCUCACCCGCCUCCUAGGCCUGGAGCCAGGCAUGACCUCAUGCUUAGCUUCGAGACACCACCCUACCACUGUACCCUGCCCCUACAGAAUGGGGGACCAGUCUGGCAAAAAUUUGGGAAUGAUGAGACCCUAGGCUUGCAGCCAAGAUGGGGACCAGGAAGGAAAGACAUGUUGGAACCUGCAACUUUUAUUCAUGCCCCCAGCCAAGUAAAAUCACAAAGGCCCCUACCCUAGACCUGCUCCUGGGAGCCAGAAGUAUAUAAAGUGCUGGUGUGUGACUAUUCUCAGGAAGGCCAAAGGGAGCAGGGGCCCCACCCCUAGACCAAAGCAGCAGGGCCUCUGUUGAAGGACAGGGCACUGGCCUGGUUCCCUGAGGGUCAAAGGAAAGGUGGGGCCAUCACCACCUCGGGGCUGGGAGACUCUGCAGUCCUGGGCAGGAGGGAGCUAAAAAGAGUGCCCUCGGCACAAGUCCUAAGGGUGCAAUUCGGGUUGGGGCAACACCUUUGUGAGGGGGGCAGGUCAGCGAAGUGAGGGGAUCUCAGAGAAUAGGGCAGCCCCUCCGGCGCUUAUUCUUGCGGACCUGGAGGCCGGCACGCGUAGCCAUCUCAAAUACCUCCCGAACACCCUCCUUAGUCUUGGCUGAGCAUUCAAGGUAGCCAAAAGCACUGAUCCGAUUUGCCAUGUCCCGGCCUUCCUCAGAACGAACAGG